GAUGGAUCCGUCAACUACCUAUCCUAUAUACCUCUAUAGAGAACACUGCCCGCGACCAAAUACUUACUUACACUUAUAUACGCAGUCAACCGAUUUUAGCCGUGGAAGACUAAGGACCGACGUUCAGGAUACGUGGGUAAACCAUAUACGGUCCAUAGGAUAUUUGAUGGCGUCGCUCACAUUAAACGUUGUUCCAGAAGAAAAUCUAAGAUACGACUCAUCAUUACAAUUGAUAACGAAUGAGCAAGCGCAAAAGUUAUUUCCCGAACUGGCAAUCCCCCCGCAAGAAAUAAUGACCGAUGUUCCCAAUAUAUUGAUGGUAUCAACUGGCAUCGAUAAUCAAUUAAAGGAGCUUAUAGCACGAUGUUUAGCUGUUGAUAUCGCAGAUAUGCCGACUUGGCGAAACUUAGUACUUCUGUGCGAGGAUGGCUUUAAAUUCCGGAACCCUAGCGACAUUGAAGAUAUGCCGCAUGAUAGGGAGGAGGAGUUAAGGGAAGGGGGGGAUGCAGCGUUUGUACGAGAAUUUAUUCUAGAAGCGGAUGUAAACACUAGACAUAGCAUGCUAGGAGAGGAGAAUCGCUUCGGAGAAUGGAGUUGAUCUUGGAAUGGACCAUCUCGAAGACAAAGUGCUUACUUUGGAAGAUACCUACCUACCUACCUAAGUAC